GCGAGUAGUGUCAGUCAAAGAAUAUUACGUUUUCAUCUAAAAUUAAUAAGAUUAAAGUGUAAAAAAAUGUAAUUUAUGCGUUUUCUAAACCGAUAAUUAUAGAAGUGGCUAUUGUGUUGUGAUGUAUGUAAUAAGUGAUUUUACCUUAUUUUAUAAUAUACCAUUGGAGUGAUAGAUAAGAAAAUGGCUAAAAAGUCUGAGAACACUGGGGGCAAGCUGGUUACUAUAUCUGUUGUAGGAUUAUCUGGUACUGAGAAAGAGAAAGGCCAAUUAGGCGUGGGAAAGUCCUGUCUCUGCAAUAGAUUUGUACGUACAGACGCCGAUGACUACAAUGUCGAUCACAUAUCUGUUCUGAGUCAAUCGGACUUCAGCGGGCGCGUAGUAAACAACGACCACUUUUUAUACUGGGGUAGUGUUCAGAAAGAGCAGGAUGAACAGGAAUAUAGAUUUGAGGUGGUCGAACAGACGGAGUUCGUGGACGAUGCGUGCUUCCAACCGUUUAAAGCUGUGGGUAAAACGGAGACAUAUGUAAAAAGAUGUGUUGCAACGAAGUUACAAUCCGCUGAGAAGUUGAUGUAUGUGUGCAAAAACCAGCUGGGGAUAGAGAAGGAAUACGAGCAGAAACUGAUGGCAGAUGGGAAGCUGUCCGUUGAUGGUUUCCUUUGCGUAUAUGAUGUCAGCCUGGUGCCAGGGCGUAGUUGGGAGAAGCAGAACGAAACCCUAGCAGCGAUACUCCAAAAUAUACUAAAAUUGAAGAAGCCGGUUGUACUCGUAACGUCCAAAAACGACGAAGCCUGCGAGCAGGGAGUUAGGGAGGCGGAGAGAUUGGUUCAGAGGAAGGAAUUCAAGGGUUCAAUACCUAUUGUGGAGUCAUCAAGCCACGACAAUGUUAACGUGGACCAGGCGUUUUUCCUGCUGGCUCAGAUGGUGGACAAAUCAAAGGCUAGGAUUAAGGUAGCGAACUAUGCGGAGGCGUUACGUAUCAGAAGAGAGACUUUAGACUUCGUAACUGAAGCCUUCACGCAGCUGAUAAGAAUACACGUCCAGGACCAUAAAGAAAUCUGGUCAGCAGUCAGUAAGAGGUUGUGUCAUUAUCCUGAGUGGAUUAAAUUUGUCCAGCAGUUCGGCAAUGAUGGUACUCAGGUUGUCUUCCGUCGUCAUAUAAGAAGGUUGAAAGAGGAACGCUCGGCUAAGAAACUUCGCAAGCAGCUGGCCAAGUUACCGCAAGUUCUCGCUCGAAUGCAACUACCCACUGAUGAUUUGCAAGAGAACGACUGGGCGGUGGUGGUGCGGCAGCUGCGCGCGCACCGCGACUUCUCCGUGUACUUCAGCGAGGCGCGCGCCGCGUCGCGCUCGCCCUCCGGCUCCGAGCCCGACAGCCCGCGCGCCGCCGACGCCACGCUGCGCGUGGGCGAGCGCGCGCGCUACCAGACCUUGGGGCAAUCGCAGAAGAUCCCAUACGAAAUAUUAGAAACUAACGAGGCGGCUGCAAUAUUCAAAACGUACCUCCACGAGGCGCAAGAAAAGCAGAGAAAUUAUGAGUGGUGUCAACAAUUCAAACGUCUGCUAGAAGAGACCGGAUACGUCACUCCCGGCAAACAGCUGUCCGAAGUGAGGGUUCUCUUAAUGGGUCGCGAGUGUUACGAAGCCUUGACCGAGGAGCAACAGCAGAGGGUCUAUGAUGAACAUCAGAGGGAGAUACAGAGACGGGCGAAGCACAAUUUGCAGGAACUCCUGUUAGAACACGCAGACUUGUUCUACCAUUUCAAAAGAAUAUCACCUACUGGAACCAUAACGCAGGAAGAUAUUAAAGAAAUCACCGAUGUGCUCCAAGACGAUUUCAGAUACAAGAUGCUGGACCGCAUGGAGCAGGACCGCAAGCUGAUGCUGUUCCAGCACCUCGGGUUCGUGCACUGCCCCAUGCGCGAGCACUGCCCCGCCGCCGCCGCCUGCCUCGACGCCGGCCUGCCGCUCAUCCUCAACACGAGGGUCGGGUCUCUGACGUCAUCGGGCGAAGCUCAAGUGCAAGCCGGUCCGCCGGCGGCGCCCUGGGCGCUCACUGCGGACGCGAACAAUAUCAACAUCAUUAUAUUAGGGGUGGAGGGCAUAGCGGGCGAGUUCGGCAAGCGGCUGAUAGCGGGCUGCGACGGCGAGCGGCGCGUGAGCGUGGGCGGCUGCGCGUGGCGCGUGGAGCAGCGCCUGCGCACCGACGACUUCGCGGCCGACGCGCCGCGCGACUUCGCGCCCAACGGAUACUUUUGUGUGUACCAAGACCAGGAAUCGUUCGAAUAUAUCCGAGGCUGCGCUGAGAAAACAUUAUUAUCUAGUCUAGAACAAGAAGACAAACUUCCAUUUCAGGGCUUACCCUUAGUAGUGAUGUUCGUUCAAGACGAAGGGAUGGAUAAGAAGGAACUAGCUAGGCUACAGGAGGAGGGACAAAAUCUCGCAGAUAAUCUACAUUGUUCCUACAUGGAAGCAUCAGUUAACGAAUUGGGUACUGAAGCGCUGACAGCCGACGCGGUACAAGAGUUGAUACGUGCCAAUAGAGAGAAAGCGAGCUAUGCACAUUUGUAUCGGGAUUUGAUUGUUUGCUUCGAUGCGGAUAUACGUAUAAUGGUGUGCAUGUUCUGCGACGACCCGUACUCCCCGGAGCGCGUGCUGAGCCCGCUGCUGCUGCACCGCGCCUGCUUCCUCACGGGGGACCGCUCCAUACUCAUCGAGACCUUCCUCGGGGACUCCAAGCGGAAGGUCGAGGUGAUUAUUUCAAGUUUCCAUGGUGCUAGUCAGUUCAGGGAAGAGCUCAUACAUGGAUUCAUUCUAAUAUACUCCGCUAAAAGGAAAGCCAGCUUAGCCACACUCAAUGCGUUUUCAAUGAAUAUUCCAAAUCUACCCAUUCAAAUGGUGGCCGUGACUGACGGCGGUGGAUCGGCAGCUAAUGCGUUCUUCGGUACUGAUCUGGGUCACGCCCUCAUCACUGAGGGAAAUGCUACUGCUGACAGACUGGGAGCUCAUUUCACAACUUAUACCUCGAGUGCUGAAAAUAAAUCUGCCUUUUACACGCCAUUCUUCAAAGAAGUGUGGGAGCGCAAAGGCGAAAUCGAGCGCGCGUUCCGCCUGGAGGCGCCGCACUCCCGCGCGCACAACGCGCACAACGCGCACAACCCGCACAACCCGCACAACCUGCCCGACGUGGCGGCCGCCAGGCCCGCUCCGCCCCCCCGUCUGCACUCCUACCACCUCGACCACAAAAUGGACCACAAGCUCACUAACUCGUUGGACCUCCUCAUCGGACCGGACUCCCGUGCUGACAUGGACUCCGAAUACAGCGACACGUUGAACAAUUCUAAGAAUAGAGGUUUCUUGAAAGGUUUCAGUGUGUACCCGCCCCCGAGCACGCCACCGGAACCCGCACCGCCAGAUCACAGAAUGCAUGCCGAUCUAUCACAUGGCGGCGGCCUGUGGCAGCCGGCGGGCUACGGCCAGCGCGCCUUCACCACGGGCCGAGCGCGCGCCCCCCCUCCCCACCACCAGCGACUGCGACACUCGCAGACGCUUAAGCAACCUGGUAAAUUGGAUAUGAACAACUAUACAAUGGUCAACGAUGCUCUACAGCAUAUCACUAUCGGUCCCCCACAUCCUAGGGAAAGGAAGUCUCAGCGAUCUGGGUGGUCGCAUUCAAGUAGUCAGCAAGGUGGUCAUCAUCACCAUCCGUCCGGUGUUAGUUCGGAGACUGAAUUGGACGCACAAUACGCACAGAUAAAAGAAACUAAUGAAUAUAUGGAAGCGCCAUCUAUGACAAGGUUAAGGAGACAUCGGAGACAUGAGAAGACUCCUUUACAUCAACCAUCAUUCUCAGAGACGGACAGUUCUGGGUCGAGUGAGGCAUCAGGAGGGGCGCGCGCACAUGUGCGCCGCCGACACGCGCACCACGCGCACCACGCGCCCAGACACUACAAGAAGCGAUCAUUGGGUAACCUGGUCGCUGUCCAGAGUCCUAGAGUGCCUAAAUUAGGUAUGUUUGUCGGUCCACCCGAACUGCCAACCGGGUACCGAGCGAGAACACAAGAAGAUAAAGCCGGCAGCGACUCGAGCGAGGGCAGCUCGGACGGCGAGUCGCGGCGCGCGCGUGCGCCCGCCCCGCACGAGCCCGCGCACAAGGUCAUGUUAUCUGGUGAGUACCCGUCGUCCGCUCAAGAUAAUUCGUCGUCGAGCGCAGCCGACUCCAGGCGGCGGCAAGCGUUCGGUAAACACGAUAGAAGGCAUAAGGAGAUUUCGAAGAGUAAAGACAAGAAGAAUUCGUCGCAAAUGCAGAACGCGAACGCGAUUCAGAAUUGGGGACCUCAGGGCCCCCACGGAGUACCCCUUUUUGUUGAGAAGUGCGUCGAGUUUAUAGAGCGAGAGGGUCUCGCUUCUGAGGGUCUGUACAGAGUUCCCGGCAACAGGGCACACGUUGAUAUGCUGUUUAGCAAGUUUUAUGAAGAUCCUAACAUAGACUUAGACUCGCUGGAUAUACCGGUGAAUGCGGUAGCGACUGCGCUCAAGGACUUCUUUUCGAAGAAACUCCCUCCGCUUUUGGAUGAGGCUAGUAUGGCGCAGCUAGAAGAUAUAGCGGCGAUGCGCGGCUGCAUCGCGGGCGGCGUGGAGCUGAAGGACCGCAGCUGGCGGCUGCUGGCGCUGCGCGCGCUGCUGGCCGCCGCGCUCACGGCGCCCGCGCGCGCCACGCUCGACUACCUGCUCAACCACUUCGCCCGGGUCGCGGAUAACUCCAAGUUGAACUCGAUGGACAGCAAGAAUCUCGCGAUCUGCUGGUGGCCCACGCUGCUGCCGGUCCAGUUCUCGGACAUGGGUCGCUUCGAGAUGACGCGGCCCUACCUCGAGGACAUCGUGCAGACCAUGAUCGACCAGCACCCCUUUCUGUUCCGCGGACAGGAAGCCUUUGUCAUGGUGUGAGGACCGUGUGAACCCACAAUGCAUGUUGCAUUCGUGAUGGACGACGUCUGACCUCAGCUUUAACGCCGUCACAUAAACUGUAACGUUUAUAUCACCGUGUACCGUUCCAGUGAAAGUUGUACGAAUAGUGCGUAAGGCUACAUGCGCGGACACUACGCGUGACACGCGAUUAUAGGCUUUAUGGGUUCCGUAUAAGUGUCUAUAUUUAUAUAACGUCGACAGAAAACGCUAGAACAAUCGUUUAUAAGUUCUAGAUGUUUCGUCGUAACUACCGUCGCUAUCGUUGUUGUAACUUAGAUAUAUUGAUUCGGUGACGAAAAUGACGGUUUAUUUUUACAAGUGUCAUAUCAUAUUAUGCUUAGAAUAACACGGCUACGCUUUCUUAUCGAUAUUUAGCGCUUUUGUUUUAUGUCGGUCGGAUUAUGGAAUGAAAACUGCGGACUCGACGGAUUGGAUUGGUUUCAAGGAUCAGUAUUUUAAAGGUAGGUGUUUAUUAAAUGAUAUCGUAUUUCUAUUAGGCGUAAGGUUGAGAUUCGUGCACAAAAGUAUUUAAUGACAUAAAAAAAAUGUAUAAUCUAAGUAUUAUUGGUAUGUAUAACGUAUUUGAAUUAUCAAUUAAUGGCAACACCACGUAAUGAGCAUAUUCCGUUCAGUCGAUGAUUAAAGUAAUUAUUGUAUUAUUGUUAAUAUUAUGUAUAGAUAUACGCGUAUGUGGGUUUAUUGGCCGAAUGUAUGUGUUUUCGUUUGAAUUAAUCGCCUAAGUUAAAUUUUCCUCAAUUUGAUACCCGCAAUGCAAUUUUUUAAAUAUCUUGCCGGAAACGCUUAUUAUAUUAUAUGUGAUGAAAUAGAAACUUCUAAUAUCAAUUAAUGUUGAUACUUGCCAAAAACGUUUUUAUUUUGUUUUUAUUUAUGUAUGAAAUUUAACUUUUUAAAUUAAUGAAUGAUAACGAAAGUGAAUUACAUGGCAGCUGGGGAAUAUAUUAUUUUAAAGAGACUGAUUUUCAUUUUAUUUUAAAUGUUUUUUUAAAAGAAAUCAACGCCAUAUCGUUCUGAUUUAUGCUUAAACUUACGCAAAGUAACUGAAAAACUUAAUAUUACAGGCAAAAUGAUAUAAGUCGAAAAUUGAUUAAUAUUCGUUAAAAAUGUUUUUUUUUUUGUUUUUGUAGUACUUUUCACUACUACCGCGUGCUUAAAUUAUAUAAUUUUUUAAUAAUUUCAACUUAUUUAUAUCGACUAUAUAAGGUUUUAUAAUAAUUGUAAUAUCAAUCCAAAAGUAUUUAAUGGAAUUUUUAUUAAAAGUGAUACUCAUUUAAGCGUGUAGGGAAGUAUCAAAUGUUUAUAUGGCGGCAGACAUGCACAUUCCGUUUCGAAAGAUUUUGUGUAAUAAUUAUGAAGAUGGAGAAUAUUUAAAAACCAGCUUUUAUUUGACAAUCUAUUUAAAUUAUAUAAUAUAUAUAUAUAAGCGAAAUACCACUGACUGACCAAACACGAGAUCGCCGAAACUAUAAUUCCGAUUGACUUGGAAUUUAACAUAGUUACUCCUUUCGCUCGGUAAGAAAGGAUUUUUGGAAAUUUAAAUUUUUAAGGGGGGAAAGUGGGAGGGGUAACUUUGUAUCAAUUUUACCCGUACGAAGUCGGGACGGCCAACUAGUAUUUAAUAUGCUAGUUUUUAUCGUCACUAGAACCAAAAAAUUGUGAAAAAAUUCACCUCAAUUGCUUCGAAACUGUU